UCUCGUCUUGCUGCUGAAGCGAACGGUCGGUAGCCGGAUUCUCGAACUUUAAGAUACUUUUGGAAGAGCCAGAACCAGUACCAGGCCAAAAACAAUUUAUCUUCUGUGUGCCAAGAAAAAAUCAAGUAAAAGUGCUGACAGUGCUGGCCGGAAAUUGGAACGCUAAACGUCAACAUAAUUACGCGGCAAUAAUUUUGAAAGCCCAAGAGAUCGCCAGAAAUCAAUUUGUCCCGUGUGACACAGUUCGGAGUGGCACAAAAGCCGCAAACGCACCCGUUGGAUACCUACUUCAGCAGCGAUCGGCGGCGAGAGCACUCCAGCCACAGACACCCGUGAGCACGGCAACAUGAUGUCCAGAAGAACGCUGCUAGUGGCCGGACUCCUACUGAUCGUGGGCAGCUCCGCGGUUUUCUCAUACCCACAGUCCUCCCUCGAAGAAGAGGAAAUGCAGAAUGACGAGAACUUCGACUACGGCGACGAAAGCGACAGUGCGCCCAGUCCGCAGACAAAGGCCCAGAGUCCCAGUGCCGGCGAGAAGGUGAACAAAACCCUCACAGUGACGGGAAUCCGAGGCGAGGAUGUGGUGCUCAAGUGCGAUGUGGGACGCAAUCUGCAAAGUACGGAGACCGUAGUUCUGUGGUACCUCGGCGAGCACGUCAUCUCCAAUGGCAAGAACCUGGUGCUGCCCAACUUCAAACUGGACGCCAACUACGAUCUGACCAUCCUGAAGGCCAAUCCCCAGGACGCCGGCACGUACCACUGCCAGGUUCUGCCCUCCCACUCCGAGGUCUACACGAAGGUGAUCAUUGCCGAGCACUCCCUGGACGCCAUUGCACCGGAGAGCUCCACUUCAGCGGCGGGAUCUGCGAGCAGUUUUCUGGGCUGCACGCUCCUCGGAUCCACCAUGUUGCUGCUCCUGGGGCUGGGCUCACACUAGACUAGUUAGUAUUAAGCUGGCAGAUCACGGGCCACUCUUCUACACUCUCCACUCUUCUCACAGGAAAUGAGCAUUUGAAGUCUUUGUUGAUUGUAAAUUUUGUAUUUGUAAAGACACAGAAUCAACUUUAUUUAUUAAAUAAAAAGGAACCAAAGUAAGCUAA